AUGGGUGACCUGGUGGGACUGGAGAACCUGGUGGCCAACACAGCCUACCUGAAGGCUCAGCGUGUAGACCGCAAUGAGCUGAGGAAGCAAAGACUCUACCUGACACUGCCCAAACCAAAGAAGUCCUCUGCUCUCCGGCUGGCCGUGGGGAGGAAGUACGAGUCGCUGUGUGAGCGGCAGCCGAUUGGGAGGAAGUUGUUUCAGCAGUUUCUCCUCGCCUCUAACUCACAGUAUGUGGCAGCUGCUGAGUUCCUGGAGGAGCUGAGUCACUGGAGCUUUGCUGAAGAUGAAACCAGAGAGAAGGCCAAACAGAGCAUCCUUGCCAAGUUCUGUCAUCCUGAGUCCAGGAGUUUUCUCUCCUACCUCACAGGAGUGGCAGCUGAAAGAUGCAGGGACUUAUCAGACAAGAACUUCGAUGAGGUGAUAAUGGGCCAGUUGGGAGAAGCUACAAGGGACUUCCUGAGGGGGAAACCUUUCUCGGAGUAUCUGAAAAGCCCCUUUUUUUAUAGGUUCUUGCAGUGGAAGGAGUACGAGAAACAGAAGAUCACAAACAAAUACUUUUAUGAGUUUAGGACUUUGGGAAAAGGUGGCUUUGGUGAGGUGUGUGCCGUGCAGGUGAAAUAUACAGGCCAGAUGUACGCCUGCAAGAAGUUGGAUAAGAGGCGCUUGAAGAAGAAAGGUGGCGAGAGGUUUGCCCUCCUGGAGAAGCAGAUCCUGGAGAAGGUCAACAGCCUCUUCAUUGUAAACCUGGCUUACGCUUACGACAACAAGACCCACCUGUGCCUGGUCAUGGACCUCAUGAAUGGAGGAGACCUCUCGUUCCACAUCUAUGAGCUUGGAAAGCGGGGUAUCCGUAUGGACCGUGUUGUUUACUACACGGCCCAGAUAACCACCGGGAUACUCCACCUGCAUGCUAUGGACAUUGUGUACCGGGAUAUGAAGCCUGAAAACGUUCUGCUGGAUGCUAAAGGACAGUGUCGGCUGUCAGACCUCGGAUUGGCUGUGGAGCUGCCAAAGGGCAAAAUGAUCUGCCAGAAGGCUGGUACGACUGGCUACAUGGCUCCUGAGAUACUGAGGCAGGAGAACUACAGCGUGUCUGUGGACUGGUGGGCUCUGGGCUGCAGCAUCUAUGAGAUGGUGGCUGCACGUUUGCCUUUUAAAGACUUCAGAGAAAAGGUGCAGAAUGAGGAGGUGACUCGUCGCACUCUGGAGGACGAGUGCAAGUUUGAACACAAGCACUUCAAUGCUCCCACCAAAGAUAUCAUCAGCCGCUUUCUCAGGAAGAGGGUGCAGUAUCGCCUUGGGUGCCGUGGUGAUGACCCACGAAGCCACGCAUUUUUCAAGAACAUCAAUUUCCAUCGUCUGGAGGCUGGGCUGGUGGAGCCCCCCUGGGUGCCAAAAUCCAACGUGGUCUACGCCAAGAAUAUGGACAAGUUCAGGGACACGUCUGAGGACGAGGACAUUAAGUUUGAUGCCAAGGAUGAAGCAUUCUUCAGGGAGUUCAGCACAGGCGCCGUCUCCUUGAAGUGGCAGACGGAGAUGAUCGACAGCGGCGUGUUUGACGAGCUGAACAACCCCGAACUGAACGGUCAUGAGACUGUGUGGACAUCCAGGAUGUGCAUCAUUUUGUAA